AAGAAAUUAGGGUUGUUGAUCAGAAAAUAUAUAAACAAAAUGGGAAGAUCACCGUGUUGCGAUCAAGACAAAGGCGUGAAGAAAGGACCGUGGGUGCCCGAAGAAGAUGAUAAACUCACGGCUUAUAUAGAGAAGAAUGGUUAUGGGAAUUGGCGGUCGCUCCCUAAGCUCGCUGGACUUAACCGUUGCGGCAAGAGCUGCCGGCUCCGGUGGAUGAAUUAUCUACGGCCUGAUAUCCGGCGAGGCGAGUUCUCCGAUGAAGAAGAGAGUACUAUCGUUAGACUCCAUGCCCUUCUUGGCAACAAAUGGUCGAAGAUUGCGAGUCAUCUUCCAGGGAGAACCGAUAACGAAAUCAAAAACUAUUGGAACACUCAUAUGAGGAAGAAGAUGUUGCAAAUGGGGAUUGAUCCAAUCACGCACGAGCCAAGAACCAACGAUCUUAGCCCUAUCCUGGACGUUUCUCAAAUGCUCGCGGCAGCUAUUAGCACCGGCCAACUUGGUAACAGUAAUUUCCUCAACAAUAACAACACUUCUUUGGAAGAUCUUCUCAAACUCCAACUGAUCCAUAAAAUGCUUCUAAUCAUAACCCCUAAAGCCAUACCAAAUAGCUUCACAACCAAUUCAUUGGAUCCUAAACCGGAGGCAGUAGUCAAUAGCUACAACACCAAUUCAGUGAAUCCUAAACCGGAGCAGGCGGCUGGACAUCUGAAUGCUAAUGAACAACAUGUUAUCAUAAACCAAAGUGAAAAUGAAGAUUUCAUGCAAUCGUUUGAAAAUAUUUGGGAUGGUUAUGAAAAUAACCAGCUUCCUGGUUUGGUUACGGUUUCUCAGAAGAAUUUGAAUUCAGCAAAACCGGGUAUAAUAACAGGUUAUCAUGGUGAUCAAUUAAGUGAGAUCCCAUCUAAUGGUUCGUUAUCAGUUUCUCCUGAAACAUCCAGCUUGAACUAUCCUGGUACGACUCAACCCUCAAGCGGUCCAGAUGUCCUAGAGGACUGGGAGAAGUUCCUUGAUGAUAAAACAAGCGACUCUUGCUGGAAAAGUUUCUUAGACUUAACGUCCCCCACAUCGUCACCUGGCCCAUGGUAGAACUGGAUGUUGUUCAAGUCGUAUAAGUAUAGUUUUAAAGAAAAAUCAUACACAAAACGUUUGAUUUAUAUUAUUUUUUAUUCUUUAGUAACAAAAUUAUUGAUUUAUAUGUUUGUAUCUCUUUUCUUAUAGGAAAAAGGUUUGUAAAAUUGUAGUGUAUUUCUUCUAUAUGGUUUGUUUGUUGUGUAAAGAGAAAUAUUGUAAUGGC